UUAUUAAAUUUCCUAAUUAAAAAAGUAGUACCUUAUUAAAGACAAUGGAAAACGAGCGAUCAUAGGAAUCAAAAAAUACACAAACACACAAACACACCAAAAUUUUCGCUUCCAAAUCCCCUAAAAAUCUAUAUUCUUCAGCUUCUGCAUUUCUUCUACCAAACAAUCACCCCCUGAGAUUCAGAGGGUUUCAAUCAAUUUCCAAUUUUCAAAUUUUCCAUCAAUUUUUUUUCAUAUUUUUUUCUCCAUUUUUUGGUUUUUCAUCAAUGGCUUCCGAUGGCUUCACCGAUAAGAAUCUUGUUUUCAGAAAACUCAAGAUGAAGUCAGAGAAUAAGAUGUGUUUUGAUUGUAAUACGAAGAAUCCAACAUGGGCUUCUGUUACGUAUGGGAUCUUUCUGUGCAUUGAUUGCUCUGCUGUUCAUCGAAGUCUUGGUGUUCAUGUUAGCUUCGUGAGAUCUACAAACUUAGACUCAUGGAGUCCUGAGCAACUAAAAAUAAUGAGUUUUGGAGGAAACAGUCGUGCACAGAUUUUCUUUAAGCAACAUGGUUGGACCGACGGUGGUAAAAUAGAAGCAAAGUAUACAUCCAGAGCUGCAGAGUUGUACAGGCAAAUUCUUUCAAAGGAAGUAGCUAAAAGUAUGGCUGAGGAGGCAGGCUUGCCUUCAUCACCUGUUGCUUCUCAGUCUUCUAAUGGACUUUCUUCUGUCAGGACCAAUGAGUUACUGAAAGAAAAUAAUUCGGAGAAGGCAGAAAAGCCUGAGAGCACAUCUUCUUCACCUAGAGCUUCACAUACAUUAGUAUCAAAUAAUUUGAGGAAGCCUAUUGGUGGUAAAAAGCCGGGGAAGAGUGGGGGACUUGGUGCCCGUAAGCUCAAUAAAAAGUCAAGUGAGUCUCUCUAUGACCAGAAACCUGAAGAACCACCUGCUCCAGUUCCUUCCACGACAAACAACGUGCCUGCCAGGCCAUCUUUGACAUCUCGUUUUGAGUAUGUAGAUAAUGUUCAAUCAUCUGAGUUGGAUUCUGGAGGUUCAAAUGUAUUCAAUCACGCUUCUGCACCAAAGUCAUCAAACUUCUUUGCAGACUUUGGAAUGGACGGUGGUUUCCCUAAGAAAUUUGGGUCAAACACCUCAAAAGUGCAAAUUGAGGAAUCUGAUGAAGCAAGAAAGAAGUUCUCAAAUGCUAAAUCCAUUUCGUCAUCUCAAUUUUUUGGAGACCAGAACAAGGCGAGAGAUGCUGAUACUCGAGCUACUUUGACAAAGUUUUCAAGUUCAUCUGCCAUCUCCAGUGCUGAUCUUUUUGGUGACUCCGGAGAUUCCACCAUUGAUCUUGCUGCUAGUGAUCUCAUCAAUCGAUUAUCUUUUCAGGCACAACAGGAUAUCUCUUCCCUCAAGAACAUUGCUGGAGAGACUGGGAAAAAACUCAGCACCUUGGCCUCCUCCUUGAUGACAGAUCUUCAAGACCGAAUCCUCUAAAAUUGUAUGUUCUGUAUUUAAGAUAAUCUUUUUUUAUUUUUUUUACCUAUAUACCUGUCAACUGUGUUUCUAAUGUAAUAGAAGAGUUCAAUAUACAAUUCUUUGUAAAGCAAAAAGAAAAUAAUAUACUAUAGAUUUCCAUCUUGUGA